AUGCUUGAAGAUCAAAAUAAAAACCUCGAACGGGAUUUGGCUCAGAAGGAAACUCAAAUUGUCACGUCGAUGGAAAUGCUGAACGUUGAAAGGAGGAAGAAUGAAAUCCUGGCUGAAGAAGUCCAGGUGAUGAAAAGUUGGAUCGCUCAACUAGCUGGUGAAAAGGAAAAACUGAAAGAUACAUUCGUCGAAAAGGACUUGGAAAUUAGCUCAGUGGUCCGAAAUAUGGAAAAAGAGAGAGAAAAGAAUCAGGUUCUGGCUGAAGAAAUUCAAGUGCUGAAGAAAUGGAUCGCUGAGUUAGCAGGCGAGAACCAAAAUCUCAAAGACAGAUUGGCCGAAAAGGAAUUGGAAGAGAAUGAGGUGGAGAAACUUUCAGAAGAGCUGAAAGUGACAAAAGAAGAGAUAAGAGAAUUGGAGAGUACCGUGAAAAACAGGUACAGGAGACUUAAGGAGGCAGAAGAAAGACCUAAGGAGAGCAGACGCUGGAACAGGAGAAGGAAGAAAACGAUUCGAAUAAAGUUCAUGAAGAGGAGGCGGAAUUCGCGGACAAUAGAGGAUAUUCUCAGGAGGAAAACGGAGAAGUAG